UAGGCAGCUUUGUACUAGAGGACCUGUGACGUUGUUCCCUCAGCUCUUGGUCUGCUCUCAUGAGAUGGCAGAGGAAGCUCUGCCUUGAGUAGAAAUGCAUGUUCAGAGAUCUGUAAAGAGAGUUGUUACAUGCCAGAACCAUCACUAUGAACAGUACCAGACUAAUCAUUCAUUCAGUGAAGCAGACUUCCCCUUUGACUGCCUUGAUUCCCAUUUCCUGAGUGAGUAGAAGAAAAAAAAACUUGUUUCUUAUUUGCUAUUCUCUCCCUGUGAAAAUCAUACUUGCAAAUGUACCUUCCUUGGCCAAGCAGGAAGUGCACAUCUCAGUGCACACCUGCAAAUUUGAUCAGCACCUGUCAAUCAGGGCCAAAGUUUCCCGACAUCCACAGUGACAGCCUGAAGGUGCCCUUAAUGGCAGAAACCACCUUAGAGAGCUGUGUGCUCAGAAGACUGGAGGGACCAAAAGGAAGUCAGGAGACAGAAACUUCCUGAACCUCAAAACUAAAUGACAUCAUCAGACCCAAAUCCCUUCUGUAUCUCUCCAAAUUCACUCCAGACCUCUACCUCAGUUGAUUUCCAAGGCUCUGAACACCAACCAGAAUGAGAAGUACACAAAAGAAGGAUGAACCCUUUCCUUUCUGCAGAGGGGAGUCUGACUGUCACCGUUCCUAUGCCUAGAAUUUUCUCUCUGGUUUGGUGUGAAGCAUUGAGGACUUCACACUCUGGCUUUCUUCCAGCAUACACAUCCUCCAUUGGGGCUUCACACUGGUCAUUUUCUCUCUCUCUCUCUCUCUCUCUCUCUCUCUCUCUCUGUCUCUCUCAGUCUCUCUGCCUCUCUCAGUCUCUCUCUCUCUCUGUCUCUCUCAGUCUCUCUGUCUCUCUCAGUCUCUCUCUCUCUCAGUCUCUCUCUCUGUCUCAGUCUCUCUCUCUCUGUCUCUCUCAGUCUCUCUCUGUCUCUCUCAGUCUCUCUCUCAGUCUCUCUCUCUCUGUCUCUCUCAGUCUCUCUGUCUUUCUCAGUCUCUCUCUCUCAGUCUCUCUCUCUCUGUCUCUCUCAGUCUCUCUGUCUCUCUCAGUCUCUCUCUCUCUCAGUCUCUCUCUCUCAGUCUCUCUCUGUCUCUCUCAGUCUCUCUGUCUCUCUGUCUCUCUCAGUCUCUCUCUCUCUCAGUCUCUCUCUCAGUCUCUCUCUCUCUGUCUCUCUCAGUCUCUCUGUCUUUCUCAGUCUCUCUCUCUCAGUCUCUCUCUCUCUGUCUCUCUCAGUCUCUCUGUCUCUCUCAGUCUCUCUCUCUCUCUGUCUCUCUCUCUCAGUCUCUCUCUCUCUCAGUCUCUCUCUCAGUCUCUCUCUGUCUCUCUGUCUCUCUCUGUCUCUCUGUCUCUCUCAGUCUCUCUCUCUCAGUCUCUCUCUCUCUCUGUCUCUCUCUCUCAGUCUCUCUCUCUCUCAGUCUCUCUCUCUCUCUCAGUCUCUCUCUCGCUCUCUCCCCCCCCCCCGCCCAGAUUACAAUUUUGCAAAUUUCUUAUGGGGUUUUGCAGAACACUUGGCAACGUCCUUGUAUAGCAUUCACAAUGCUCAGAGUUCAGUCCACCGCACCACAUAAACAGGGAAUGGCCACACAUGCCUGUGAUCCCUGUACUCCAGGAGUGGAGGGAAGAUGAUGAGGCAUUCAAGGUCAUGCUUAGAUCCACGGCAAGUUGAAGCCUAGCCUGAAGUGUGUGAGACCCCAUCCACACGUUUCUUAGACACCCUACUCCUACUUACAGGAGUGGUUACUUUUGUUAGGAAUUAGUUUUAUUACUUGUGGUAUGGGAUUCAGGUGGCUCUCAUGCCCUGUAUCUUGCCCAUCACUCACAUAGAAGUUUAUGGAAGGGUAAAUUGAGGCAUAAAAGCAGGGAGCAUAGGGUGCCCAGCCUUGGGAAGGAACUCAGAUCCGGACAAUCACCACCAGCUGAUAUUGUAACAGGGCCCAGCAGCUCCCCAGCACUCCAUGUUUAAGGUCUUUUGUACCAACAUUUGAAUUGCUUUUCAAAGGUUCUCAGAACUUGUCAGGAAAUAGCUCCACCUGAGAAGCAAUGCAGGGACCUGGGAUUUCAGAAGAAAUUCUAAGAAUAGCAGUGUGUGCUGUUGUCCUAGGGCUUCCUCUCCCUAGGCCCUGUGAAAAUGAAGUUCCCUGGAGAGAGUGUGUGCAGAGGAAAGGUACAGUUCAAAUGAACUCUGAAGCAAAUAGCAGGCAAAGGAAGGGGAAGGGAGACACAGGCAUAUAUACUAUGGAACAGGUGAGGAGCUGGUCAAUGAAACUGUCCACUGUCCUGCUUUGUGUAACAACCCCAGAGAGCUCCAGAGAGAAGUAGCUUAACCCAAGUCCUCAGCUUCUCUCUAAACAGCCCACACUGUGGCAGGCAGGGAACUACUUUCCAGGUCACCAUACUUCUGCAAUGCUCUGCAGAAUCUCCUUUCAACACAUGGAAAACCUGCACAUUCUUUGAAACCCACCUAGAGGCGGAUUCCAGUAGAAAACCUUCCAGAAAAGGCCAUUCCUCCCUUCCCACUCUGAAGCACUUUCUCAGCAUUUCUCUUUGGAAGGCUCUGAACUUUUUUAGGGGGAAAGGCUUGGUUCCCAUUCAUUUUUUUAAAAACUAUCUCUGAGCUUAGCCCUGGCUUUGACAUACACAUGUUGAUGGGUGGAUGUGUGUUGAUUUUGCUCACCUGGGACACCAGGAUGACAGCACCUUUUACAUGCAGUGAGGCUCAAUGCACAGAGUCAGACUAAGACCUCGACUCACCGUCCAGUGCCAUGCACUGUGGAGCCAUUGUUUACUUCAAAUGGUACAACCCAAAGAUGGGGUAGCUAGGAAAAGAGGGAGUCACCCCGUCCCUACAUGACCUUCCUGGAAUUCUACAGCUUGCUCUGAGUUGUACAGUCAGUAAAUACUAAGCAAGAGGAAAAUAGCCAGCUGCCUAGGUCCUUGUAAGGAAUUCUCUCUAGGCAAUCACAUAAGACUUGCAAAAAUUAGCUUAAAAUUUGACCAACUUAAAAGCUUAUCCCCCCCAAAACAUGUAUAUAAUUUAUUUUUUUAACCUGAUUUUAACAAUAUUUUCUAUUUAUGCUUUGAUAAUUUCAUGAAUGUAAUGUAAGGUAUCCUAGUCAUACCCACCCCUAUUUCCUCAUACCCCCAGCAAGUCCUUCCCCUGUCUUCCUGUGUUCUCCAUCUUUAAAAGAUCUGCUGAGUUCAGUUGGAGUGGCCUGUUGGAGUGCUCACUGAUCAUGUUGACUUGAUCUGUGUGAGUUCAUGAGCACAAUGGCAUGGCAUGUCGACAAGACAACCUUUCCCAGCAUCCUCCACUCUCUCCAACCUUUACCUUCUUAACUCCAUGCUCUCUCAUGAUGUGUCCUGAGCCCUGACAGGAUGUAAGUACAGACAUAGAUGUCCUUUUAGAGCUAAACACUUGACAGUCACUUUUCCUCAGCACUGUCCUGGCUACUCUCAUGUCAACUUGACACAAGCUAAUCAUCUGAAAAGAGGGAACCUCAUUCGAAGAAAUGCCUUCUUAAGAUCCAGCUAUAGAAAUCUUAACCAGUGGUUAAUGGAGAGGGCCCAGCACUUUGUGGGUGGUACCAGGUCUGGGUUGCUGGUCCUGGAUUCUAUAAGGAGCACAGGUUGAGCAAGCCGUAAUGAGCAAGUCAGUAAGCAGCACCCUUCCAUGGCCUCUGCAUCAGCUCCUGCCACCAGGUUUCUGCCCUUCUUGAGUUCCUGUCUCCAUUGCUUCCAGUUAUGAACUGUUAUAUGGAACUGUGGGUGAAAGAAACACCUUUUAAGUUGCUUUUGGUAUUGGCGUCUUACCACAGCAAAUAAGAUAAGCACUUUGACCUGUUUUGAGUCUUGGCAUUGACUGCUGUCCGUUGCAGAGAGAAGCUUCUCUGGCCAAGGAUGAGAACAGCACUAAUUGGACAUGAUUUCUUUCUCGUGGGGCAGAACUAAUUUCCAAUCACAACAAUUGGUUACCCCAAUAAUCUUUAUGCCACAAAUGCACCAGUGGACAUCUCUUGCCUGGCAGGUCAUAUUGUAGCAUUCAGAGUACAGCACAAAUGUGUGUGUGUGUGUGUGUGUGUGUGUGUGUGUGUGUGUGUGUAGGUAGGCACAUGUAUGUGGAGGUCAGAGGACAACUCUUGGGGAUUGGAUCUCUCCUUCUAUGUGGCAUAUGAGGAUGUUAUUCAGUUUGUCAGGCCUGUGUAUUUAAUUGCUAAGCUACCUCACCAGCCUCAGAUUUCUUUUGAAGACAUCACAAAUUUAGAGGCUAAGGAGAUGUUCCAGUCAAUAAAGUGUUUCAUAUGGAAGCAUUCAGAUCCCCCAAACCCACAUAAAAGGACAGGUAUAAGGGCUACAUGUCUCUCAUUCAACAAUGUGGAAAGUGGAGACAAAAGAAUGCCUGGACUCCACCCUCUGCACUCCCCUACUCCAGUCAGGGAGACUAGAUCAAUCAGUGAGCUCUAGGUUUAGUGAGAGAAUCUCUCAGAGAAAGAUUCAGGAUUGAGGAGAACUCCUGUUGACUACUACUGGCUUCUACACACACACACACACACACACACACACACACACACACACACACACACACAGCCAAAAAUAGAUGUCUCCAGUUUAGCAUACAGGCAUGAUGAAGUGUACCAGUAACCUCAGCACUUGGGAGGGAGAGGCAGGAGCAUCUUGAGUUCAAGGCUGCUCUGGACUUGUUUCAAAAAUACAAAAGCAAAGCAAAAGAAACCAAAGACAUCAUAAAUUUAGGUAGUGCAAUGGCCCUCCACCAUCAUGCUUAUGUAUCUAAGAGUUCAACUACCAGGUGGAAUGGAAACUGGUUAAAGUACGUUUCUCCCAUAGUAAAUGUGUACAGACUUUCUCCUUAUUGUUUCCUAAAUGGGACAUUAUAACAAUGAUUUGCAUAGUGUCUGUUUGGUAUUCAAGAGGAGGAUGUGAAUCAGUUGUAUGUAAAUACUGUGUUAUUUACACAAAAAGGCUUGCUUGUUUGGUAGCCUGGAUAUCCAGGAACCAGCGCUGCUCCCAUUUCCCAUUCUCUCUGCUCCCACAGCACAAGGUUCUGUCUCUGCUCACACAGGGUUACUUCACGGGUCUUUUAUCCUUAUCACUUCAUCCCUGUUCCACCAUACCCUGAGUCCCUCCUUCCACCCAUGGCAGUCACACAGCAGCCUGAGCUUUCUCUUCAAGCAGAAGUAACUCCUUUCUAACAGCUCCUCGGAAAGCCCUCAGGGUUUCUUCCUUAUGCUUUGAGCGAAGCUCUUAUGCUGGCGUGAAGAGCUUCACUAUUUUUAUUCCACCGUUUGUGGUUCUAGUCUUAGGCAGCUGGAGGCCUUCUUCAGUCUAGCUUCCCCUGCCCUAGACUCUUCCCCUACUUUUUCUUGGCUGCCUUCUUUCUUUACUUCAAGGACUACCCUAAGUAGGUCACCCUGCUGUUUCCUGUCACAGCUCUUUACUAAGCCGUAAUUAAAGUAGCAGCCCUUUUAUCUCUGCAAUGGGGACAACAAUUAGAUUAUUUGUGAAAGAUGGUUAGACCAGAGAGUCACAGAAAGUGAUACAUGGCAGGGAUCUUCAUUCGACUUGAAAUGCCUAGGUGCACAUGUAUUCAGGAUUCUUUUGAUGUUCUGAGAGCCUGAAGACAGUUACAAAAUAAGUGUAAGCCCAGAAUAUAUUUUAUGCUUUUCUUCAACCUUUAAUAGCCGUCUCACAUGUACCAAAUGUUACAACAUUCUCGGUGAUUCAUCUAAGAACCAUUCAAAAAAAGUAUUCGAAUUACUUUUCGAUGAAGUAUAUAUAUUUUACUACCAUUUCAUUGGGUUUCAUAUGUUUCAGUUCCAUUGCUCAAGGACAAUGAGAAGACAGAAGAUCAUUGCCCCCCCCCACACCUCCCACAUCUUUAUGAUUCAAAAUGGCAGUCUGAGAGAAGAGGCCAUGGGCUUUCAGUUCCCUGGGACAUCAGUGGAGAUUUUACAAAGUGAAGUCAACUGUGAAUUGAAAGGUUUCCUGGGGAGCAUAAAGUGAAUCCCAUUAGUUCCAAGAAGCUAAGGAAACUUAGGAGGCCCAGGAAACUCAUAAAGUUACAGGAUUCACAAGGCCCUACCACCAUGUUACAUAAGCAAUGGCUAAGGAGCAGAGACUCUUCAGUGGAGCUGCCUACAAGUUGUACAGAGAGCUUCAUGAAUGUAGCUUUUGCAAGUCACCACCCAUGCUAUGGUCAGUUUGCUUUUUUUCCCUGUGACUCAUCUGCCUUUCAAUCACCCAUAUUUAUUCUAGUCCCAUUUCUGUUGCUGUAAUAAAAUACUCUGACAAAAGUAACUUAGUGGAGAAGAGUUUAUUUAUCUCCUUUCCUGGUUAUAGCCCAUCAUAGCAGAGGCAGCAAGAACUUCAAACAUUUAGUAACAUCACACCCACAGUCGGAAACGAUAGGAAUGAAUGCAUGUUUGUUUAAUGCUUAGCCAGAUGUCUCUUCUCUUAUAUAGUAGAAUGGUGCAGCACACUUUCAGACUGGAUCCUCCCAUAUUAAUUAAGGCAAUCAAGACAAUACCAAAAAGACAUACCCACAAGCCAAGCUGACCUAUGCAAACAGUCUUUGAGAGACUUUUCCAUAGUCUUUAACUCAGACUAUGCCAAGUUAAAACCAUCACAAUGUGCUGGGGAGUAACCCCUCACCUAUGCUCCCAUAACCUAGAUAAAUCCGUUAACUCACUAAAGUGAGACCUGGGUAGAAUCAUUUCUUUGAUCUAUCCUUGGUGAUGCAUAGAUACUUACCUGUCCCAGGAAAAGGUCACACAACAGGGUAUAAGGAGUGCAGGAGGCUGUUACUCAUAGGAGCAGAAAAGAGAUUCCCCCUCACAAUCAACCAGAGCGGUUGACUUGUUGAUUAAGUGUCCCAUUUUAGGCUAAAAUAUGUGGUGGCAUCCAAGUGCUAGACAAACUAGCUUUCUACCUGUGAGCUGCACCCUCAACCUCAUCAGAGCUUCCCCCCCUCUUCUUAGCAUUCCUCGUCAAUAUAGUCCAAUCAUUGGCAUUGAGAAAUACAGUAAAUGACAAGCAAACGAUUGAGUGUGUGCACCAUUUCCUCCUUUAAGAAAAGAACUAUGUUCCUUUGUCUAUAAGAAGACGGUGCAAGCCCAGGCAUGUCCAGACCCCAGCUCUGUGAAUGCUUACAUGCAUUUCAGAUAUUUCAUGCUCUUUUCUUUCUGGGUUCCACACAGACACAGGGCCACACAUUAUUGACCCUUUCGCAUGUACCUCACGAUUCUGACCAUGGAGGGCCACUAGUCUAUCUUCCCACAGAAGCUACUCCCUUGUUCUAAGGUGACUCUUCUCCAGCACUACACACACCUUAUCCUCAGUCUCCCUCAUGAUGUAUAAAGUAGAGGCAAGUCUGGUUACAAAGCUGGAGACUAGAGCUGUGGAAUCACAGACUUAGCGCUGCUCUGAGUGCAGGUGAGCUGAGGUGGUCAGUUCACACUUGCCUUGUUCUAGGCAUUAGAUGAAACUGCUUUCUCUUCGGUGUUUUGAGUCAGUCAGUACUCAUAGUGAGCUAAGCGCUCAAGCGAUGCCCCUGGGAAAGGCACGGCAUGUGAUCUCCAGCUCACAGAAACCCUGGGUGUACAAUGGAACCUUAGCUAUGCACUAGUAAGCAUUGGACUUAUAUUUGCCCCUUUCCCCACAUAUUUCUUUUAAGGACCUCAGGCAAAUGAGGGUCCCCUGGAGGCCCUGGACCACAUGGCUCGCUAUGCCAUUCAGCAACAGAAUGCACAGUGGUCCACAGUGGUGUCCAUUGUCAUUAUUUGUAUUUUCCUGGUUAUUGGCAUGUGACAAACCCUUUAAUGCUGAGUAACAGGCAGUACAUUUGGCAUUCAUUACUUUUUAAAAUUUGUAGCAGGCCUAGGGGGUCCACACUGUUUUUGUUGUAGUUUCACAAAAGAGACUGAAGAGCAGGCAGGCAAGUAGACAGAACAGCUAUCCUUCAAACCUGCAUGCUGACAGUCCUUACCAUCAUGCAAAUCGCCUUGUAGCAAAUCUAAGACACGAACGUUUUCUGAAUAAUUAGCUCACUGAUUUCGGGUCAUGUGUGGUCCGAUACAGAAAAGGUAAACCCUGCUGUUGAGAGCCAUGUUCUAGUGGGAGGAGGGAGACAGCUUUCAAAUCACCAAUUAAGAGGAAGGGAAGUGUGCUGAGCUGUAGAACAGGACUCCCUGUGCCUACAAAUGGAAGAGCAGCUCCUUCUCAAGAGGAAGGCUCAGGGCCAACUGCCGAGGUGGGGUUCUUAAGGGUCACAAACACUUUCAGAAGUCUGAGGCAGAAAGGUAGACUACGUAUACCCAUACAGAGGCUCUCUACCUUGUUAUCCAUCCUGCUGCUUCUCUGCCCUCCCUCCUCCCAUUCUUUAUCAUCAUGCAUCCCGUUAUUCCUUCCUGCCAUGGCUUCCCAUUAGAGCCCCCGUGCAGCCUCAGAAUCUGCUGUCCAGUCUGCACACCCAGCCAGAGUUGCCACGUGACGUGAAAUGUAUUGAUACCUGUGGUGUCAGGGGAGCAGAAGCUAAACCCUGAAAGUCAACACUCCCUGCUUUCUCCUCAGCCCCCAUACUGUGGAGAGAGUUGAAUGUGUCUCCAGCUGUACUGCUUUAUUCGCUGUAAACUGGGGACUCAAGCUGUGAAGGCCCCCGGAGAGUCUCUCAGUGCUGUGAGAUACAUCCCAAGGGUGCCCUUGGAAGCAGGAGAUGCAUGUAGAGUAGGCUUCCAGAAAGGCUGUGGUUUCCAGUUUGACUCAGAGCAGGGGGGAAAGGGGGGGGGGUGCAGGGCAGACUGCAAGAAGAAAAAGAGUUUUGCUUUCAUUGUAUUCUUAGUCUGUGGAGCAAAGGCCAAAGCCAGGAAAAGCAGACCAGGGCACCCAGCUCUGUGGAAGCAUCCUGACCUGUGUCAGGACACUCAGGCUUGUCCGGCACAGCACCACCUGUGUUUGUUUUGAGAAAGUACUUUUUGUUUCCGGGCCUUGAAGGUCCUUAUUGGCUGAACACUGUCCUUGUUUGGUCAUGGUUUCCUAGGGUUCCAGGAAUCUGAAAUGGUUCUCAGUAGGCAGGAACAACAGAGGAAAGCCAGGCUGUGGCCAGGACAAGGGCUCUUCUCUGGAAGCUAACUAACUAUGCUGACGGUGCUUAUGUGCUUGCUAUUGGGGUUGAAGAUGCCCCAAAGAGUAUGCCUUCCAGGGCAGAUCUUACUCUAUGAAGGAGAAAUUGGAAAAACACAGCCUCCCCCAAGUCGCAACCAACCUUGAACAAAAACUACAUAGAUGACCAAAGAGAUGCAACAAUGCUCACACUAGGAUCUGGGGUGGGGGAAAACACAGAGAACAUGUCUGGGAGAACAUUGAGUUAAUUUCGUAAGUUGUCUGGUCUCAAGAGUGAUUGGUUAGCCUCACAAGUCACCCUGAAAACCUGAGAUGAUGUUCAGUGCAUUGAUACGAGCAAUAAUAUAGACAAUAUAAUCAAAUUAUUGAUUGUGCAUUCCUUAAACAUCUGCAUUACAUUGUUAAUGUAUUUACCAUCCAUGGAAAUCCUAAGAAUCCAGCAGAAGGUAGGAUCUACAUUUGCAGAUGAAAAGACUAAGGUUUGGAGUGUGUGUGUGUGUGUGUGUGUGUGUGUGUGUGUGUGUUGUAAGCCAGAAGUCCAACUCCAGUGCUGUCUCUCAAGAGCUGUCACCUUGUCGUUGUUUUUAAGGCAGGAUUUCUCACUGGUCUAGAGCUUCUUGGUUAGGUUGUAUUGGCUGACUGAAAAGCCUGGGGAAUCCCCCUGUCUCUGACCUCCCGGCACUGGGAUUAUAAGUACACACUACCAUAUUGUAUCGGCUUUGUACGUAGGCUCUAAGGAUUGAACCCAGGUCUUUAUGCUUGCUAGGCAAACACUUCACUCCCUGAAUCAUGUUCUUAGGCAGAGAAAAAAAAUCACUGAGUGUUUUAUAGACAAGGCAGGUCUGGGAAUCCAAGUCAGGCCGGUGUGAACUUCAAUCUCAUGCUCACCGCCAGCCCAACUGCAAAGGCGGCAAACCACUCCUCCGGGAGGAGUUUCACCACUAACUUGUCCCUUUACUCCUUCAAAGCCUGCUUUAUACAUCACGUCUUCUGAGAGCCCCAGUCAGAACCAGCUCUUCCUGUUCUGGGCACCCAUAGCUCUUAGCCUGACCCUCUGUCAGAGCACUUAGUACCUCCUCCUGUGCGUGAGUUAAUUGUGUCCUGGUAGUUCCUCUCCACCCAAAGUGGGUUGUUAAGGUUCCCCCGUGGUACUUAGCAUUUUACAUGAGCCUCCCAUCUUAUCUUAAGGGCAUCUAUGUGCCUUCAAAUCUUUCUUAGUGCUUGGGGCUUCAUUGUGCUGAGGGCAGAGAUGUCACUGUCCUGGCAGGAGGGACAAUAUUCUAAAGAGAGACGUCUGUGCCCUCCUUUAAGCAAUCAGGCUAUUGAAUCAGUCUGCUCCAAAGAAUUGGAAUUUCCCCAGUAAUCAUGCUGGGUGAAAGAAAAGGCUGACACCCUGGUGCUAGCGAGGGGGGAAAGUUUCCAGGAAGAUAUUUUGCACAGUUCUGCCAGCUACCAGACCAUCUUGAGGGAGAUCCUGGCGUUCAGGCAAUGACAGAUCGAUGAUGUGUGGGACCACACUUUGAAAUAGGACUGCUUAGCUAUGCGCAGCUCUUCUCCAUGUAAGCCCAAACUUUAUGUCAGGACCCCAGAUAUAGAUUUGGGGGUGGGAGUCACUGGAUCUCUUUAUUAGUGUCCCUCCCUAACACAGACACAUUGACUAAAUCACUUUGCUUUGCUUUCAUUGUUUUGUGUCUUUUUAAUUUGUCUAUUGAGGUUGGGGGUGUGGGGGUGGGCCUAUCUUGUCAUGGCUGCCAGGACUCAGGCUCUGACCUUAAUAAGAUACCUUCUGAGGGAGGCUGGUAAGUGCAGUUUCUGUUUGACUACUGACUGUGACACCUGCUAGGGGGCUAUUUUUAAUUCCUAUGGUAAGGGUCAUUGAACAAACUGGACAGAGGUCAGGGGCUGCUGAGUGCAAUAGCCAGGUCUCAGAUGACUGGAGAAGCAGAGUCAUAUGAGCGACUGUUCCCAAAUGGUCCUCUCUACUCCUAUAGAGACAUGCAUAUUAUUGUUUGCCUGAUUAGGGUGCACUUUGGAAUGUGAUAUCACAUACCUCGUGCUCUUACAUUAGAUCCCAGGAUUCUUUUGCCUGAUAAAAAAAAAAUUCUGACCUCUAUAAACAAUGCAGUCAUUUUCUAAGAUGACAUCUGAGACUGAAAAGCCACACGGAAGCUUUGAGUUCAUGCAUCUCUGAGUGUCUGCCUCUGGCACUACCCUGGAGAGGUUCUGAGCACUAGGGUGAAGGGUGGCUAAACUGGGUUCAUUCAUUGGGCAAAUUAAUUAGUAACCGAAGCCUUGGCUUCCUCUUCUGUGUGUGGGAAUUACAGUCAGGUUCUCUUACAACGCUGCCGCCGAGAGUCAAACCCAGUUCUUAGCUCAGGCCCUUGCUCAGCUAAGGGAUUUUCUGUGUCUGUGGCUGCAGCAGCUCCUGUGUCUUUGUCAUUGUUUUGCAGAGGACAGCAUCUGGCUGCUCAGAAAGAGAUCAGCAAAGCUGAGAAAUUUUACCCCUGUAGUGAGUAGAAAAUCACAGGAUCACACGUAGCUCCCAGCAGCGAGUAUAGUUACGUUUCUGCUCCAAACAAUCGCUUGUGCAUUUUUAAGUUGCCAGAAUCAAAGGUAUUCCAGAAAGUACUCAUACAUUUAUAAAGUUAUUUUUUUUAACAUAAAACUGUGGACCAGCGACACAAGGUGACAGUCUCGGUGCUGAAGCUCAGGCCAUGUAUUUUGCCCUCAGCACCCGUGUCUCCCAUGGUGUCCCCAGCUGCUACCCUCUCCCUUCAGCUUCCCCACCAGUCACUUUGGAAACAGGGCACACCAUGAGGCCCAGCUCCAUCUGAUAGCUGUCAGACAUUGAUAACAUAUCUCACUACACAGACUCUCUAGAGAUGAGUCUAUUUCCUUACAUAAAGAUGCUUCUAGUCAGCUCCCAGCAUGACUUCUACAUAGGUUAAUUCUGCUGAAACCAAAAUUGACAUGGUCCAUAUUAAAUUUGGGGGCUGUCUCAGACCCUAGUCCUUUCCUUAAAGGCUACAGAAAAGAUGCUCAACAUGGGGAGAGCAGAUGUGAGAGCCAGCACACUGUGGCUCACAUCAUCCUGUUCUCCACUGAACUGCACAGAGCCAAGCCUCCUUCAGUUCAGGUUCUGUGGCCUCACUUCUGUGAGAGCCGGUGCAUGAGAGUACAGGAGCCGGCCCUAAACCAUUUGCAUCUAAAUCCUGGCACCUGCUUUGCUUGUGGUACGAGUGUAAGUCUUUUCUCAGCCAGUCUAUGCCUCGGUUUCUAUAUAAGGAGUGGGAAUAAUCAUGGGCUGAAUCUCAAAAGACUGAGUGGAGUAAAUGAAGCACCGUGCACAGAGCACUCAGUGGAGCAGCCGGCAUGCUAACACUCAGUACUAUUGCCAUGGAAACCUGACUGUGUGUUGUCUCGCUUCUUUCUCUUUCAAGGUUUAUCUAAAAUGCCGUGAAGUCUUAUUCUGACUUUUCAUAAACACUCUUUCUAUCUGUUUCAGACCCUGUAAUCAUUUGUACUUUGCUGAGAGCACACAGACGUGCUGCCAUGCAGUGGAAUGUCUGUAAACUGUUUUCUUCAGCCCACACUCCUGUCACAGCGAGUGCUGUGGGGGCAGAGUUCUAGGACAAGCCUAUUGCCUGCAGAGCCCCUUUAGGUGCUUGAUGCUGUAGAGGGAGUCAAGUCAGCUGCAAAGCUAUGUAGUUCCACCCAGAAUUCCAUUCCCCACUGAGGCCCAGCAUGUCUGAGCUGGAAAGGCUCCUUAGAAGCCAAACAAUUCUAAACUGUUGAAAGUCACAAAUGCUGGGACAAGGAAACAGCCUUCUUCAAAGUCAUGCAUAGUGUUCAUGGCUGAAGUUGGAAUGGGUAUCGGGUCUCAAUAGAACUUGCCCACAGCCUUGGGGAGCUGCAUCUCACUCUGUAAAAUAGAGAUGAAACCAGUCCCACAUAAGAGAACAAAAAGAGCAGGAUGGGAUGAAAACCAGCACAGGCCUAUGCUUUAGUGCUGGUUUUGCUUAAAAAUCAGCAUGGUCAAGGGGACAGAUCUAUUUCCUUAGCAGGGAUGAAGAAAGCAGAUAAGCUGCCCAGAUGACAUAGCCACCCUUUUGAACUGACUUUGGGGUUUCUCUUCUGCAUGAAGGGAUCAGGAGUCCCACAAAGGAGGUGCUACUAAACCCCAGUGUAAAAGCAUUGAAUAGAACCAUCCAGUAAUUCUCUGUCUCUUUCUACGCAUCAUGCAAGCUUAACCCAGAGUCCUCAAGCAGUGAUUCUAGUACAUCAUCUUCCUAUGGGGUCUUUGUUCAGAAGAUGUGCACACGAGUCAUUAUUACUGGUCCCUUUGUCACGAUUUAAGGUGGUAGGGCUGGGUGAAAGUGAAGUGCCUGUGCCUACGUGUCAGAGAAUCUUCUACACACUCCUAUUGUCUUCUCUGUCUUGGUGAGUCUCUGAGUAGUGUUUAGGAAAGAAGGAAUCGUGGGUGCUUUUCUGCCAGUUAAUGGAGAUAACUAGAGAAGAGUGUUCUCAUCCUUAGAACUGUCAAAUAUUGUUUUCCAAAUUAAGGUAAGGUCAGUGAGCCUCAAGGUGGCCACCCCUCCCCUUCUUUUAUUUGCACUUACUCUGGUUUGCUUUCCUACUGCUGUGAUAAGCAUCAUGACCAAAAGCAACCUGGGAAAGUGUUAAUUUACUUGGUUUGCACUUCUGGGUCAGUCUAUAUCUGAAGGAAGUCAGGGCAGGAAUCUAGUGGGAACCAAAGCAGAAACCAUGAAGGAACAUUGCUUUCUGGCUUGCUCAUUUUGCUUUCUCUCCUUAUCCAGGCCUGCCUGCCUAGGGAUGUUACCGCCUACAGUGGACUGGUCCCUCUUACAUCACUUAGCUAUUAAGAAAAUGUCUCACAGACAUGAAUACAGGCCAAUCUGAUUGCAGCAAUCUCAUUUGACUCUGGGAUGUGUCAGGCUGACAGCUGAAGGCAAGUAGCAGGCUGUUAAGGGGCAAUGGGAAGCACCAGUGCUUAUGGGUAAUGGAGAAAAGAGGGGAGAAAUGGCCACCAUAUAAUUGCUGAGGGCCAAUCACAAUGUCACUCUAACUUACAAAGGGACUUACUGAAAACAGAGACCUAGGCAUGUCACAUCACCAUGGGUGAUAUGACCAUGUGGCAUACAAUCCUCCUGGGGGACAGAUAGCUCUCACAUUUGGAAGAGUCAAUCUUUUCAACUCCAAAUGAGUAGGUAAAGAAAACAAAACAAGGCACCAGUCAUGUCAACUGUCUAGGAUGACAGGCACUUAGGACAGAUUGAUGUGACAGGGAGGCGAGGAGGAGAAGAGACAGCAACUUUUGGCAAAGGAAAUUUGUCCAGAAGUUGUUUUCAGACACUGUCUAACUUGAUGGAAUCUGUUUUCUUGUUGGUUUCUAAGUGAUUACUAUUACUGUAACAGCAGUCUGUCUACUGGUUUCACAAUGCACCAUGAGAAGGUUUAUAUUGGACAACCCCGCAAAGAGCACAUCUAACACCAAGCUAAUAAACCUGUAUGACAGGAAUCACCAUGUGGCAUCUCCUACUGCAGUCAUUCUCUCUCAUCCAGGCUAGGGUUAGCUUCCCAGCUACUCUGCAGAGGAGCACAGUAGAUGCAUAUACGUAAGGGUCUCACCUGUGAUGACUAGUUUUUUUUUUUUUUUUUGAGCUGGGGACCGAACCCAGGGCCUUGCGCUUGCUAGGCAAGCGCUCUACCACUGAGCUAAAUCCCCAACCCCUGAUGACUAGUUUUAAUUGUCAACUUGACACACUUUAUAAUCACUGGGUAAGGAGUUUCAAAGAGGAAAUGUCAGUGAUUCUCAACCUGCGGGUCAUACUCAUGACCCUUGGGGGUGUUACAUGACCCUUUCACAGGGGUCACACAAGACUAUCAGCAAACACAUAUAUUUACAUUGUGAUGCAUAACAGUAGCAAAAUUACAGUUAUGAAGUAGCAACAAAAAUAACUUUAUGGUUAGGGUCACCACAGCAUGAGGAAGUAUAUGUAUUAAAAGGGUUGUAAAAUUAGGAAGGUUGAGGAACAUUGGUCUAGAUCAUGUUGGCUUGUGGCAUGUCUGAAGGAGAUUAUUUGGAUUAUGUUAAUUGAAGUGGGAGGUCUUUCCACUGUGGGUGGCACUAUUCCCUAGGCAGAGAUUCCUGGACUGUAUAAGAGUGGGGAAAGUGAGCUGAACGCAGCAAAUAUGCAUUCAUUCUAUUUCCGUUUUUGACUACUUCCACUUCCAGCUACCUUGACUUUCUCUAAACCAAGGACUAAACCCAGAACUGUGAGCUAAAAAUAAGCUUUUCUCCCAUAAGUUAACUUUCCUCCAGUUUUUUAUCAAUGCAGAUAGGAAAAGGCACUGGGGCACUACCUACCACUUCCAAACAAUGACACUUUCUCUCGUAGGCACAGCUUCUACAUUAUUGGAGAUGGCAGAGUAAGAAUGCAAAUCCUAAUUGGCCAGAGCAUUAUAAAGUUUUAUGAAUUAAUAGGGCCAAAUGCUAUUUAUUGUCAUUUCCCACUGUUAAACUUUUAAAGGAAAACUUAUUCCCUGUCCUGUUGAAUACUCUGUGAGCCUGCGUCAUCCUACACUGUCGCUUGUUACCUCCCACCACACAUGACAGCUCUCCUCGGAUGCUGUGGAGUUAGGCUCCUUGCAAUCAGAGACUAAACUCACCAGUGGCUCUCAACUUCUUUGGGGUGAGUCCUGGAGGCUGCAUUCUGCUGUGUAAGCUCAGCCCAUGCCCCAUAUUAGUCCCCCUUUACCCUCCUUUGGCACCUGAGACUGACCUAACAUCACUGACUGCCGUGGGACUCUUUCCAGAUAAAUCCAGUCAAGUUCGCAGAACCCUUGCCAUCAGCAUCUUUAGAAGCCAUGGCCAAUUUAUCCUAACUGACAGUAUUGUUGAAACUUAUUUUCUGCUCCCCACUUGAUGGUUAUAGAACAAGGACUUUGAAACUGGAAUAGCCCGAAUUCUAAUUUCAACCCACCCACUGACUAGCUGUGUGAUCUGAAAUACAGUAAUGCAAGCAACUUGAAUCUCAGUUUCCCCAAACCACAACGACUAAUUCCCUACUUCUUCAGAAGCCUACAUCUCGGGACUUUUUCCUCCACAGAGAGAGUAUUCCGGGUAUUUCAUUCUCUGAAAGCAACACAGUCUCAAGCAGGAGGAAGCUUUUUUCUCCCCUUCCGAUCUGAGUAGGAAUUCUUUGAGAAAAGAGAUGUGUCCACAAUUCUAUUACCAAAGCCCUGCAAAGACACAGUAUAGUAAACCGGUUAAAUUACAAAGAAAAAGCAGGAAACUGGUGGCAUUAGCAUGGGAGAAUCACUUUAAAGAGUGUUUAAAUGCUCGAUAAACACUAUUUUUAUUUCGCUUUCAUCAUUACGGUCCUUAAUUUCAGAGCUCAGGAAAGAGCUGGCUAUGUGGGAAGUUUUGAGCAUGUGUGGCUGAACCUGGCCCUGUUAGCACUCUCUGGCAGCUGAAGGUGACACAGGUAUCCAUACGCUCUUGAGACAGCUGUAUUGUUGGAGACAGACCAUGCUCUGUUUUUAUCAACCUUAACAAUCCUAACUGGAGGGUCUGGAGAGACGGUCCAGCAGUUGAAUUCCUGCUGCUCUUUCAGUGAUCAGAGUUCUGCCCUGAGCACCCAUACUGGACAACUCAUACUUGCCUGCAACUUCAACUCCUGAGGAUCCAAAUGAUCCGGCUUUCACAAGCACCCGCACACAGGUGCACAUACGCAUUAGACAUGGAAAAAUGAAUCAUAAUAAAGCAGAAAGGCUUAACUUUAGUCCUGUUUCGUCAUGUUUUGGAUUACGUCUACCAUGUUGGCUGACGAUCGUACCCACAAGUCCGUGUUCUGCUGUCAACAUGUGUGCGAGGUCGUCUUGGAAUGUGAGGCCUGUUCUUUUGUAAGAAGAGCCCUACUUGUAGCCAGAGAGGUAUCAUCAGUAGUUGAAAGCAUGUGCUACUCCUGUAGAGGACUUGGGUCCUCUACUCAUGCCAGACAACUUCCAACCACCUGCAACUCAGGGGAUCUGAUGUCCUCUUGUGGCCUCCACAACCACCUGCACACAUGUGCACACACCAACCAAACACAAACAUAUACAAAUGAUAAAAAAAAUAAAGCAUUUUUCUUAAAAGUACAGUCAGAGUCAUAAUCAAGGAGAUCUCUUCUGGUAAGGGUCUUCACCUCAUAUUUCGGAUUUUCUGUGGGAGAGUUGAGGGGAUAGCCCAGCCACAGAAGUACCUGCCAUGAAGAACUGAGUUCCGUGCAUGUCCAGAGUCCAUUUCUUAAAAAAACAAACAAACAAAAAACAAAACAAAACUGGAUGUGGUAGUGUGUGCUAGAAAUCCCAGAGCUGAGGAGACAGACGUAGAUCAUAUGCUGGAGCUUGCUGGCCACUCAGUCUUGCCUAGGUGGUGAAUUCCAGAUUAGUGAGAGACCUUGUCUCGAAAAUAAAUGUAAAAGACACCUGAGGAAUGAUUCCUGAGGCUGUCCUGUGGCUUCUUCGAGCAUGUUCACAAACACACAUAGCAUUCUGGGAGGUUUGUUAGAACACAGCUUGCUAGCCAGUUCCUGUCUCCAGAGCCUCUAAGUUGAUAAUGUGUGAGCCUUGAGAAUUUGCUUUUGUGACAUCUUUCCAGGAGAUGUUGAGGCUGCUGCUCCUUGACUACUCAUUGAGAGCUACCAAUAAUGCAGUAGAGAUGUGAGAGUAGCCACCACGUCUUGAGAGCAGAACGCUUCUCUUAAGCAGCUCCUGGGUUGGCCAUGAUUUCCCUCUCAAUCCUGCAUGGUGUGCCUGUAGUCAGUUCUCAUUAAAGUCAAGGAAAUUUACAGAAAACAUCAGCUACAGGACCCUGCUAAAGAAAUCGAAGAAGCAGAGGAGCUUCUGAAUGCUGCUGACAGAACUUGUGAUUUCCCCUCUUUCUCAGUUGACAACCAGAGAAAUGACUCGAGACUUUAAUAUUUCACAGUUAAUAUUAUACUUCUGCAGGGUACUUCACAUUUUUUCUAGAAUUUUUUUUAUCAAUGCUAUCACAUUGGAUUCUUUUAAUAGCUGCUUUGGGAGAAGCAGACAGGAAUUAGCAUCGUUUGACAAAUCCAUAGAGGCUGGAUAGGUACCCAGCUCCAGCAGCAAGACCAUAGCAGAAUAACCCAGGUCUUAGAAGCACCCUCCAUUCUAUGCAGAUCUCCCUCUCUGAUGUCCUACAUGCUCUGUUGAAUGAGUGUUAGUUUUGACUUUGAGCCCGUUUCUUAUUCUGAGCUAUUUUAUUUUCAGAUGGUUAUGGGUUCUUUGGUGUGGACAUAUCUCAAAGAAAGAUAAUGACCUGUGAGGUACCUGAUGGAACUCCGGGGCACAUAUUCCUUUAAGGAAACUUGGGAGUCUUUUCUAAAAGCCAAUGCACCUAGUUGCUUCUUAGCAUCCAUUGAUUGUCUCUAAGUCUCCCUACAGGUACCCAAAUCCAUGGACGCCCAAGUUAUUUAUAUAAAUGGCAUGGCGUUUGCACAUAACCCAGACAGAUCAUCCCACAUACUUGUAAGUCACCUCUAGAUCACCUACCUGAUAUAAAUACUGUGCUCAUGGUGGUCUCAGUGUAUUGUGUGACAUAAUAACUGGAGAAGAAAGAAUGUUUGUUGCAGGUGUCUUUUUUUUCUAAAUGAUUUUGAUCUAUGAUUGUUUGGACUGAGGACUGGAAACCUCUGGACACACAAAGCUGACUGUAACACAAUUUAUAUGUCUUGAGAAAUUUUUAUUAGGGCUCCUUGUUGUCCAGGACCACCAUAUUGUGUGCAUUUCAUUGAUUAAUUUUUGUCAGAUUGAUACAGCUAGAGUCAUCUGGGGAAGGGGUGGGGUUCAGUUUGGGGCAUUGCCUCUUUCAGUCUGAACAGGUCCGUGGGGAGUUUUCUUGAAUAAUAAUUGAUGUGGGAAGGACCAGCUCAUUGUGUACAGUGCUAUCCCUGGGCAGGUGGUUCUGGGUUGUAUAAGGAAGGAAGUUGAGCAAACCAAGGGGGAAAAAGUGAGCAGCAUCCUUUCAUGGUCUCUGCAUCCAGCUGCCUAUCUUGAGUUCCUGCCCCAACUUCUCUCAGUGAUGGGGUGUGACCUGGGAGUUAUAAGCUGAAACAAACCUUUUCUUUUGCAAGUUGCUUUGACUCUGGUGUUCAUCACAGACAUAGCAGGCUGGGUAUGUAUGUGGCACUACCCAUUACCAACCUUUAGCUCUGUGAAGAAAAUCAUUCACCACAGAAGACACUUGGCAGCAUUUUCUGAUUUGUCAAGCUAAUCAAGAACUUUAGUGUAUGAUUUUGAGCAAUAGAGCCAAGUACUGGAAGAUUUUGGGCAAACUGGGGCCUCAUGGAAGAGAACAAGGGAAAUGGUCAGGUUUUCUUGAUACCACUUAAUGCAUGGAAAACUAUUCAGCCACUAGGACUCAGUUCCCCUGUUUAAAAUCACCAACCAGAAAAGCAAGUGACAUUUAAAGCUGCAGCCUGGAUAUAUGAACUCCUUCAAAGUGAAGUUCUAGAAAAGAAAACAUAGCAGAUACAGAUGUAUGCUGUGGGUCAAGCCAGCAUGAAUUCACUGACUGCUGAUGCUCUCAGCUGAGGUUCAUGUAUGACAGGAAACAAGGCCUCCUCUCUCUCAGGGCAAAUGUCUCGAGUGUCUAGUAUCACUUCCCAUUGGCCAGAGAUUAAAUAUACACACUUAGAUCUCUGGAUCAUAAAUUAACCAGAAUUCAACAGUCACUCCAUUGUGUAUUUUGUUAUGCAUUAUACACUAGCAAAGUUCCUAUUUCCAUUUGCUAUAGAGACCCAGAAUGCCAGGAGAGGCUUCUGCCUUACAGACAUAGUAUAAGUUUCCUUAUUAGGGAUGCAAUGAGAUGGGGAGGGGUGUUAGGAUAGAGGGGGUGUGGCAUGGAGGAAGGGGAUGUUCCCAGGCCACAACAGAGACUACACCAGACACAGAACCAAUUCUGCAUCUGGACUUCCACUCUGAAGUUGAUGUUCUCAGCAAUCCCCUGGUAUGCCUCAGGUUUUAAAAGCCCAGAGGGGAGCCACAUAUGCAGUAGCAUUUUCCACUCUAGACUCAAUCCCUUUCAUCUUUUUUUUCCUCUAAAAAUGUUCAGGAGAUAAAGCUCUACAUUCCUUUUGCCUCUUGGAACACAAUGCUGAUACUCCUGUCCUGCUGUAUGUAGGAGAUUGCCAUUGUACCUGACUCUCAUCUAUAUAUUCUAUAGUCUGUGGAUGCCUUAGUUCUAUGCCUGUUGCUGUGAUUUAAAAUCUCUAACAAAAGGAACUUAAGGUAGAAAGAGUUUUAUCCUGGUUCAUUGUCCAAGGUAUAGCCAUCAUGGUCAAGAAGUCAGCAGAAGCUUGAGGCAGCUCAUCAUACCAUAGUCAGGAAGCAGAGGAUGAGGGACAGAUAUAACUGCUCAGCUCCACUUCUCCAUUUAUAACAUCCAGAAUCUCACACAGGGAAUGGUGCCACCCACAAUGGGCAGUCUUUCUUUCUCAAUUAAUGCUGUAACAAUAUAAUCCUCCACACAUUCCCAGAGGCCCAUUUCACAGAUGAUUCUAGAUCCUUCCAAAUUGAUGAUUAACACUGGCAUUUCCCUAUAUGGAAUUCUUCCUUGUCCUAAGACUGUUGGCACUGUCUGUCUAACUGUCUUAACUGUCAGUCAACACAAAGCCCAUCUGAUCCCUAUCCAGAAGCAUUUGGAGUUCCAUUCUCAAGGAAGUCUAGCUCCAGAGAGGGUGACAUAAGCUCGUCUUCCAGAAAUGACUGAGGCCAUCAGACGUCUCUAUUCUAAAUGGAUGAUGUCAUAUAAUGAGACUACUGAAGUGCUCAAACAAAUUAGGCACAGUGGUGAGCUUAGAGGCUUCUGAUGGGUCUCACAAUUCAAGCCUCAUUCUGUCUAAUGACCCGUAAGUACCGUGGCUCCAUGGGAAAACCACACAGGCUGCAUGAACUCUUCAAUCCGCAAGUUCACAGCAAGAGGGCAAACCAAUUUAUGCCAAACUACAUCUCAGAUCACAGUCCUGUUAGCUUUUAAGCCCUGCCCUGGCCCCAGGUCUUAACUGAGUACAGUGUAAGCUGCACAGACAGACAAAUCGUCAUGUGGAUUUUAUGAGGUCAGCUUCCUGAAAUACCUCUCUCUUUAGCAUUGGGAAGAAACGGGAACUUUGAGAAGAUGCUCAAGGAUUUCUCUUCUAAGAAGUUGAGGAAUUUUUAACUAAUUUUGGUGGGGGGAGGGGGAACCUUCUAAUAGUUUCUGUGCAUGCCCUGGAUUUUGUGGUAAGAGGUAAAUUCAUGUGACUUCACCUUGGCUGAACGUGCUCCUACUCUAGGUGAUAAAUACCUGCAGAGCCUGUUUUGCACAUUUUUUCUGUUCUCCUUAGUUUCCUGGAGUGGAUCAUAGCCCAUCGUAGACACAGAAUAACUGGUUGGUCAUCAUCAGCAUGGGCACUGAAGUAGAUCAGGGCUCCCAGUGGACUCCUCGGGAAGUGGGGUGAUGUGUUUGUUUUGGUCGCAGAAAGUCUCCUAAGGACAAAGCUGUGCUCUCAGCCUGACCCUCUCUCCAGUCCAGUCAGCUGCUGUUCCUCCCCUGUGCCAGCAGCCACUGCCCUCCCUCUGGUCUUUGCCCACCUGCUGCUUUCAAAUCUGUGUUAACAGGUUCAGCAACUCAACCUUGUAAAUCUCUCAGCUCACAUCUGCAGGACUUUUCUUUCCGUCAGCACGCUUCUGCCCGAGUGGUGCACAGCUCAUGUGAUUCUUAUUCUGCAUUACCUUUUUAAAGUUUUAGCAGCUGAUUAAAUAGAGUAAUAUGUUGGCUAUAAGGCAAACAACAUCCAUGACUAGUAACUUUAAAUAUCAGAUGAAGCCCACACCCUUCCCUCCAUAGACAUUUCUAGCCUGUUUACUUCCACCCUUUAAGGACCAUCAUGACAAAUUUAAAACUGUCUGCAUCCUCCCUUAGGAAUCUGCGGUAUUCGUUACUAGAUACAUUACUGGGACAAACCCCUGACAGACUCAAGGAAGGAAGGGCUUAUUAUGGUUCCCAGUUCAAGGGUGCAGAUCACCGUGGUGGAGAAGACACAGCAGUGGAAACGUGAAGCAUCUGGUUACUUCACUUGUGAGACCCAAAAGCAGAAAACGCAUGCAUGUGCUCAGCUUGCUUUCUCCUUGUUAGGCGGCACAAGGACCCCAGGCAGUGGAACAGUGCCAUCCACAUUUAGGGUGGCUCUUUCCACAUCAAUUAACUUAAUCUAGAAACACCCUCACAAACAUGCCCAGAGGUUAUUCCAUGGUGAUUUUAAAUCCUAUUAAGUUGACAGUCAAGAUUAACCAGCACACACACAUACGGAACUAAACAAUUCUGUGUUGUUUUGCAGACAGUUAUGCCUGCCCCUCCACUCACAUUCAGUCUCUCUUGAUAAUCAUAAUAGGAAGUAAGCGUUGCAAAUUGAAAACACAGUUUGAGCGGGGAUUGGGGAGGCUGAAGCACAGUAUGCAUGUGAGUUUGGGAGGGAAAAGUACGACCUGCCUUAAGGUGAUAGAAACAUGAGCUUCCUCAAAAAGGAAAAGGUAGGAGGGAUAGAAAGCUCAAGUAAUAGGAAGAAAAGAAGCAUCGAAAUCUGUCAUGAUAUGCUACACGAGCAGACAGGAAAGUUUCCCUCAGAGAAUCCUUUAGCUGACCCUUCCACAGUCUUACAGAUUGAAAGUAGUUAGCAUUAUGGAGAUGAGAAGCACAUAGCCCAUGAGGGGCACAUGUAUUAGGAAUCUGCCCUAUCUCAACACAGUCAUGGGAGUUAGCCACUCCCUGACUAUAUACAGGCUGCCCAGCCUUGGACUCAAUGGCUGGAAUCUGAAUGGAGCAGAUGCAGACUCAGUUAAACAGAAUGGCUGACCAGCUGCUCUCCUCUGUAGAAGCCCAUGCUGUCAGUGGACAAAAUGGCAGACGCUUCCACAUCCUGAGAACAAAAUGGCCCCCUUAUUGUUUAGGGUACAGGACACAGGCAUCACACAAUUUUUUUUCUUUUAUUUUGCUUUUGCAAGUAGGAAUAUAGUAUGAUUUUUAGCAACUUAUUGAGUUUCCUGAUUGAAGGAUUAUCUAUUGUAUUUACUUGUAAGGGCAGGAGACCUCUUUGUGUCCCCAUACCUUUAUUAUAAAUAACUUGUCUGAAAUGUCUUGCUCUCCCAACUGUCCCUAAGAGUGAUUCUAAAAAGACAAGUGACAGCCAGAUCUGAGGUCAGACUUGACUAUUUCCAAAGGACAGAGCAUUCUGCUGGCUACCUAAACACUCCCUCAUUUCAGUGCCCCAAGAACCAGAUAAAGGUAGAUCAGGCCACUUUAUGUACUACAGGAUAAGACUUCACUGUACUUCUUCCUCAGAAAGGAAUUUACAGGAAUACGUUGCAAACAGCACGGCACAUGCAUGUACUGCCAAUGACUUCUUUGCUCAGAGCUAACCUUUGAUCUAGAUGUCAUCCAAACGGCAGCUUGGGAGGAAUGCAAGGCUCUGUGACUCUAGUGAAAGCAUCUUAAAUUAUACAGACAGAAAUGAUAAUGAAGGAAAAGUGGAAUUUCAGAGACAAAGCCCACUGUCUGGACAGAGGGACCAGAGGAAGCUUGGCCUAGAUUUUUUGCCUUUGUUCCGGUUUCCUACACAAUAUGAUAAUGAGAGAUGGCUCAAGGAGGUCGAUCUCCAGCCCCGUUCUAGGUUUCUGUCCUCCGAAUAAAUGAAUAAACACAAACUAAAGAUUCAACUCCAAGUUAUUUAGGUUUUGUUCUUGUUGUUGAUUUGUUUAUUGUGAUGGAUGCCUUGAACCAGAUUUCCUGUCAGAGUAGCGUAGGAUAACUGACUAAUGAUAGAUCACCGUGACCAAGUCUACACAAGAUAUUUCUUUAGAUAAGCAUGGAUCAGUUUCAUAGAUAAGAAAGCAGCAGGGCAGAGGUGUCAGUGAUACCCAGAGCCAGGCCCAGGGUCUAGGCACCGGUAUACUAACUUCAUGGCUCCAAGUUCAGCCUUUUAAAGGACCCUUUCUCUGAAGUUUCAACAAGUACCCCCUCCUUUCUGAGACUUCUGCUCUUACUGGAUCCAGAUGGUCACAUUGUUUACCUUGAACUCAUAUAUUCCACGAACAUUUAUUGAAGCCAGGUACUGUGAAUUGCCUUGGGAAGAUAAAAGUCUUCUCCAGGUAGAGCUCAAGGACAAGCAUGUUGAAAGCACAGUGGUCGGGAUGUAGAAUGAGAGACGCCAUGCCAGGCAGGAAACACACACACACACACACACACACACACACACACACACACACACACACACACACACACACAGAGUGAGAGAGAGAGAGAGAGAGAGAGAGAGAGAGAGAGAGAGAGAGAGAGA